GUGGGGAUAAAAUGAAUUCAUCCAAGUCCUAUAUGCUUUUUUUUAUUUGGAUUAUCUGUAUCACAUCUUUAACAGUUGAAAAGGGCUUUGUGGACGGCGGCAAACCAAGAAAACCAUCCAAACAGCCGUGGCUGCCCUCGCUACCGACAACUCAUCACAGGUGCAUUGCAGGUCAGAGUAAAUGUAAAACCGAACGAGAUUGUUCCAAAGACGAAUGCUGUGCUUUCUUAAAGACGAAAGCUGUAAAAGUCUGCAAGAAGAUCAGUUUAUUUGGGGAGAUAUGCAAUCCGUAUGAAAAACCUGGCCUUCCAGAAAAUUGCCUCUGUCAACAAGGACUGACUUGCACUCGAGUGACAGGAGAGGUUUUCAGAUGUCUGUAUAUAUCUGGCAGCCCAUUUGAUGAUGAGAAUGAUGGAGAGUAACAUAACGGCGAUAGCAGUCUUCAUCACUGAUCAUUGCAUUGUAGCUGGUUAUUUUAAAUGUAAUAUCUCAUAAUGUUUUUUAAGGCUCUUUUGCGGCUUACAUUUUGCCUCUGCUUGAUGUUCAGGCGUGCCUUUCCAUUGAA